GUUUACAUCCUCCUGUCAAAGUGGAGGUGUUACGCGGUGAACUGAGUUUGUUGCGUGUGUUGGCCUGGGGAAUGUGUUAAUUUUUCUUUUGUACAGUGAUGACGAUGCAGAAGUCGGAACGGUUACCACCUUUAUCCUUCUCUUUAGGGGGAACUCCUUCUGCUGGAAGUACUUCUGAACUCAAUGAAUGGAACAGUGUACUACGUAAAAGCGAUUUCAUGUACAGAUAUCCUCCAAAGGGAAUAAAGCCUCGUGGAGAGAGUUAUACUGGGCGCUUGUCAACUUGGCCUGCUUAUGCAGCUGGACCGACUGUAUCAGUGAUGCAGACAGUUCAUUCAGCUCCAGAUCAUAUAAUGCAUGGUUGUGAAGAUGAACGGGCCCGCACUAUUUCAAAGCCACGAUUUUUAGAACAGCUUGAAAGCUACUUGAAGAAAGAGAUACAAUCUAUUGAUAUCACUAAACCAAAUGCUCAGGAGCUCAAACUACAGGCAUACAGGGAGGUCUUUGAAUACUUCAUUGAGGAUUUCAAAACAUACAAACCAUUGCUAUCUGCUAUAAAGAAUGAAUAUGAGAUAACCUUGGCCUGUCAUAGGGAGCAGAUUCGAGCCCUGGAACCUCUGAAGACAAUGCUGGUUACUGUUUCAGAACAGUGUGAACAGAAGAUUUUAGCUCUGCGAGAUGCAGAAAGAUCAGAAAUAAACACACUGAAACAAGAAAAAGUUAAGUUGCUGAAAUGCAUUGAUAAAAUAAAGGAAGAGCAAAUCCAUCUGCAGUCCCAGGUUAAAAAACUACAGGAUGAACUGGCAGCAGAAUACCUUCGAUAUCGAAAUGAAUACGAUGCUCGCAAGGUCUUGGUCUCAGACAUCAAUGAGUUAAGAUACCAGCAUGAGGAGAUGAAACAGUUUAGAUUACCAGGGGAUACAGGUGAAGACCCAGUAAAAUUAAAAGUGGCACUAAAAAUGGCUCGUGAAGACCUUGCCAAAGUACAGAUAGAACUAAAUCAAAUGAAAGCAGACUAUGGAGAUGUAGUUCCACGAAGAAAUUUUGAAGCUCUAGAGAAGAAUUAUAAUAAUUUAAUUGAACAGCAUGAAACCAUCCAGAAGGAUUACAGUCAUGUCAGACAAGAGUAUGACACUCUGCUAGAGGUCCACAAGCAGGUGCAGGCACAACGAGACAAGUUUCAUGCAGAACUGGAACAGCUGAAACGUAGCAGUACCCCUCGGCCUGACUGGUCACGAUGUGCAGAUGUCAUAACAGGAGGUGCUGAACGUUGGGCUUCUUUGGCUGGAGGUCUUUCUAGUAAUGAAUUAGUUGAUGUUCUCCUCAGGGAAAUAGCAGACAAGGGUGUUAAGGAGGAAGAAUACAUUAAUGGAUUGGGAAUAGGCAAUGAUAUACCUUUGUAUCUACGAUAUGAUGGUCAGAUUAAACACAUGAAACUGAGUCAGAAAGAUCUAUUUAAUAUAGUAAAAGAUAUCUGGAAAGAGAAAACUCCAACAGAUCAACAGGCAUCAAAGCAUAGCAGCAUGCCUGAGUUCUUCCAGAGCUACCUUCAGACCAAGUAUGGAAGCUUAGCAAUUGACUGGGCAUACAAUAUUUAUGAAAGUUGUCAACGGCAUGAAUCUGAUGAAUUUAUCAAUUUAUUUUUCAGCAUCCUUACUGGAAAGAUGGAUGAGUCAGUGUAUCAUGCACAGAUUUCUCUAAUGUCACAUCUGUUUAAUGAGCUAACAAGCAGUGAUACUGCCAACAAUGGCAUACUUUCUAACAAAGAAUUCAGGGACACCUUAAAGAAAGCCUUUCCACUGAAGAAUGACAGUCAAAUUCAAGAACUGAUCAAAACAGCAGAAUCACAGCUGGGAACCCCUCAAGAAGGCAUCAACUAUAAAACUUUAUUCGCAGAGAAUAAAGAAGGAAGGGCUGGUGCAUUUAUUACUCUGCUGAGGGAACAGCAAACUAUUGAAAAGCAGGACUAUUUGAAUGAAGUAAGAAGAGAGCUGGGUAACGUUAGGGAAUUAAAAGUAGGUGAUCUACGAGAAGCUUUUCAUUCAACUGAUCCAUCCAUGGAUAAACAAACACUGGAGAGCUACUUGUGCUAUGCAUUCCAAACUCCAAAGGAAAGCUUGGAACAUGCCAGCCCUAGAGAUAUCAACACUGUAUUUCAGCGACUUCUGGCAAUGGAUGUCAAAAGACAAGGGCCUAGUCAAAUGGAAAAUUAAAUCCCUCAGAAUACACCUUACUAUUAAAUUUGGAUACUUCAGUAUUGUUUUCCUAACAUUGUCUGAUCCACAUAUUAAUUGUAUUCUGCUCUGUUUAGCAAAAAAAAAUAUUAAAAUGCACUGGACAAGUACAGUGUGGUAUGAACAUAUAUCUGUAGAACUUUUUUGAUAAUUACUUUACUUCUCCAGUAUACAAUAGUAAGUAAAUCAUGUCAACAAAGAAAUUGCAGCUGUCGGUUUAGUCUGGGUGGUUAAAAUAACAAACUAUGUGCCAAUUUUGUAUGUGCAAUAAAAGACUUAAGGUUUGAUUCUCA